GCGAGCAUCCGAAAUUUUACGUUGCGAAUCCACCCAGGGCACGACAUAUCGGAGCAAUCCUGUGCCUAUUGUGACUAUAUUGCUUCACCAUUUCUGAUCAAGCGCACGCUUUUCCAGCAACAUAUGGCAGAUUCGAAACUCCUUUCGGGGCCGGUGGCCUUUGUUCACAUGUUCCUCGGGUCUGUACACAAAACCGGCAUUCCAGCAAUUCAGACAGUCGCCUGUGUUGAUCUUAUGUUCCACGUUGCCGGAAACAGUUAUGGGUCUCAGAGUCAAGGGGUAGCAGAAAUGCCUAAAUCGUCCUGGGUAGAGCUGGCUCAGCGGUGGACCAUUGAUCGUAUUUUGCUGCCAGGUGAUAUUGAGCAUCGCUGGACAUGUAGGGAUGUUAACAUCAAUUGUCACUCCUUUAAAAUUGCUGGUGUCAUUCUUCCGAGAUGCUGCAUCGAAGAGCUUGCCCGAUGUGUGAAAGGAUUUUUCACGCUAGCAGCAGAAAACAAGGUUGGUGCGCUGGUUGUUUUCGGAACUACUGUCGGAGCAGUGAAAAUUUCUGGUGGGUUUCUGCCGUGGGAACGUGAUGCAGAUUUGAUAUGGGAUGCUUAUAAAUAUCAGGUUGUCGGUGGACCCAUCAAAGAGGGCUUGGAGCAGAAGUAUCAGUGCCAACUUGGCUCGGCGCAAAUUAUGACCAAGUUCGGUUACGAUAUAUCGGCGUGUUCAAAGAUCACCAACGGAUCUUGCCUGUAUCACGCAUUGUACACAGGCUCAUGGCGCAUAGAGAUGUACGGCGAGCCAGUCCUCGUAUCGCAUCGGCUACAUGGAUUUGAACAACCUACGACAGUCAAUCUUGAUGGACUGUGGGUACCGACGUUACCGAACCCCGGACGGUUUGUUCGUGUACUUUACGGAGACAACGUGCUGGGUCACGUGCAGAAUUGGGUCGAUUACGGAAGAGUGACAGGUUGGGCACGGUACACCAAAGUCCAGCAAGAGGGUUUCUUACCAUGUCCUGAAACAGCUGUAAGGCAUGCAUGUUUACCCGGGAAUUAUUUGCCCUACGGGAAUAUUCAGUUCCAAGAUAUUCCCAUUUGA